CAGGAGCAUUUCUCGAGAUUCCGACAACAAGCCGUUCGCUAGGUUUCUCAGUCUCUGAUUUCAUCUAGAGCUAAGAGAACAGGAACAACGACGCCAAGAGAGAUGGGUAAAAGAAAAAACAAAAAGGUGGUGGUACCUAUGGAUAUGGAUCAGUUUAUACCCUCAAGGCCUGAUGGUCUAAAAGGGCUUCCACCAAACUGUUUGAAGCGCCUGAGAAAGAAGGGAUUGAGUAUUAUACAGCCUGGAAAUCUGUGUUUGAUCCUGACUGAUUGGUAUGUUCAACAAGCAAGAAGAACAGCCCGAAGAGGUCCUUUCCACCUUUCAGAUGAUGGUCGCGUUGCUUUCUUGUGCUGGAGAGUUGCAAGACCGGCAUUCGCUGAGCUUUUGAAAAGCUCGUCAUGGAUCGUGAUUGCUGGUUUUAUUCGAGAUCAGCUCAGGCACAUCAAUUGUUAGGCGUACGCUUCUUCCGAUCUAACCAGUGCCAUAAGGAUUAUCCGCCACUGGGAAGAUACAUAUAUUCCACUGUGUGCUUGGUACCUAAGCAACCAUGUUGAACCAGAGAUGCUCGGCAAGGAUAAACAUGCGGAAAAGGGACAUGUGUGCUACGGUAAUUCAAUUGCUGAAGCCUUGGAACAUAUUGAAAGAGAAGGGAUCCCAAAAGAGAUCCCACAGUUUCGUCAGUAUAAAUGCCGUCGUUAUCCUCCAAGUGCUCAUAAGAGAAAGCACAAGAUAAAGUCUGUCCUUAGUUUCGACACUUUGGACAAGGCUUUAGCCCACCUUCACAUUCAGCCUGUUGGUGCAGCUUUAAUUACUUUCCCUGAGUUGUGGCGUAUUGGAGAACACAUCUACCGUGGCCCAUUAGAAGAGAAUACUCAAUUCACGGGGUUUCAUGACGUGGUGAUUGUCAAGGUAGAUGUGAUUAACCGCGAACAGGUGGCGUUGUGCAAGCUGAGCAACGGCCCAAAAAUUGGUGUUGGUGGGUAUGUAUGGGUUUCCCUGGAAGUGAUGUACAUGGUGGUUGGUGCUCAGGAUAAUGAUAAAGAUAUGCUUCGGCCCUCCUCAACACCACGCCAUCUUCUUUCGGAUUUUAAUUGCCCACUAAUGGAUGAAGCUCCAAGGGCAAACCUUAAGAGGAAACAGGAGCAACAAGAUGAACCAAAAAGAUCUAAAAAGCGUCGUCGUCAAAGAGUGGCGCGCAGCAGUUCUAAAUUGCACUCUAACCUAGAUGAUGAUGACGUCGCAAGUCUUCAUGGCCAAGUCAGGCAGUUGAUAAAUACAAGAGAUACAAAUAGUCAUGAUCAAGAAGCAUCUCAUGAAGACGAUAAACCUGCUGUUGUAACUUCAGAUAAUUUGCCAAUCUCUACAGAAGAAUGCUCGCAACUAAGCUUUGGAUCAAGCCCUUUGAGCAACAACGCAGGAGAGACCUCUGAUGUAGCUUCAAAGAUGGAACAUUCAGAUGCUAGAAGUACCGACUUCUAUGGACACUCUAUGGGCUCAAGUAAUAGCCACAAUGCCUUAUCACUUGGUGGCCCAAGCAGUUCCAUGCCAGAGGAUGGCUAGUGAAGAAGAUUUGAAUUUUACAGGAGAGAUAAAGAAAGAAAGAGAACUAACCCUUUUUACCCCAUUUGUAUCACAAAAGGGAAGAAACAUGUGUUACCUUUAACUCUUGUCUUUAUCUUUCCUCGGUGUGGGCUUUUUUGGCUGAGACCCGUAGGAUAUUCAUUUUAGGCACAAUUUGAAUGAAGGGAAUGAUCAAACUCUCUAUGAAUCUA